AUGAGCUUCACCUUCGUCUUGGGCUUCGCCGCCGCUGCAGUUGUCCUGCAGUUGCUCCGUCUCGUCGUUAACUCAUGGUACCACGCGCGCAAGGCCCAGAGCCUGGGCUGUGGCAGCUUGCCACGAUACCCGUGCAAGGACCCCUUUGGAAUCGGCACACUCAGAGAGUCAAUGGCAGCCGACAAGGAAAAGCGCAUUCCCGAGCUGUCUGAGCAGCGUGUUCAACUCAUGGCUGACCGUGAAAACCGCUUUGUUACUACCUUUAUCACACGUAAUCUGGGAAACGAUAUCAUCUUCACCAUCGAGCCCCGAAAUGUUCAGGCUGUCUUGGCCACACAAUUCAAGGACUUUGAAUUGGGCGGAGUGCGCCGUCUCUCUAUGCACCCUCUCCUGGGUACCGGCAUUUUCACUGCUGAUGGUGAGGAAUGGAGCCGAUCCCGCAGCUUAUUGCGCCCUCAAUUCACUCGCGAUCAAAUCAGUCAACUAGAUUUGGAAGAGGGCCACGUGAAGAAGGCUAUGCAGUGCAUGCCUGUUGCCGACAACGGAUGGACCGCCGAGACCGAUAUUCAGUCUAUUUUCUUCCGCUUGACAAUCGACUCCGCCACAGAAUUCCUCUUCGGCGAAAGUGCAGAGAGCCAGCUCGGUGUCCUAAAUGGGCGGGAAGACCCCAAGGAUUCAUUCGCCUAUUAUUUUGACAAAUCUCAGCACACUGCCUCCGUUCGCACCCGCUUCGAGAAACUCGCCUUCCUCGUCGACAACAAGGAGACCCGUUACUCUGACAAGCGUGUGCACGACUACGUCGACAAAUUCGUUGCUAUUGCCUUGCGCAAUGCCGAAAAUCCCAAGCACGACCUCGAGAAAGGCCCCUAUGUCUUCCUGGAUGCCCUCGCCGCUACAACUCGCGACCCCAUCGAGCUGCGCUCGCAGCUGUUGAACAUCCUUCUUGCCGGACGUGACACCACCGCCUCACUCCUAAGCUGGACCACCCUGAUGCUGGCUCGCCAUCCCCACAUUUUCCAGAAGCUGCGCGAGUCUAUCAUCGAAACCUUCGGCACCUACUCCAACCCUAAAAACCUUACCUUCGCCGAUCUCAAAUCUUGCCAGGCUCUGCAGUACUGCAUGAAUGAGUCUCUCCGUCUCUACCCGUCGUCCCAUUUAACCGUCGCUGCGCCACGCGCGACACUACUCUUCCUACCGGCGGCGGCCCUAACGGCACAUCUCCCGUAUACUGUCCACGUUAUCCACCGCCGUAAGGAUAUCUGGGGCCCAGACGCCGACGAGUUCAAGCCCGAGCGCUGGGCCAACCGCAAGGCUGGUUGGGAGUACGUUCCUUUCAACGGCGGCCCGCGUAUCUGCAUUGGGCAGCAGUUUGCGCUUACAGAAGCGGGUUAUGUUCUUGUGCGUCUGCUACAGCGCUUUGAUAAGAUCGAGGAUGUCUAUCCUGAACGAAAAAUUCGAUACGGUUUGACUUUGACCAGCUGUCCGGCUGAUCUAGUGACUGUGCGCAUGCACCAGGCCGAUGAUGCUUAA